AUGGAACCUGAUGAAGCUGUUACCUUGAUCCUCAAGACGACCGGUCUCAGUGAUCAAUUAGACAAGUCGAUACGGAAGAGUGCGGAGCGGGUAGUCACGACCCUGGGAUAUUUGGCGCUAGCGAUUGUUCAGGCUGAGGCGGUGAUUCGACAAGGUCAUUGUAGGAUGGAGGAACACUGCACUAUUUACUAUCAGCGUCGACGCGAACUUCUGAGUCAGAAAGCUGUGCAAGAUGGUGAAGAUUAUCGAUACACCGUGUACACGACUUGGGAGGUUUCGCUGAAAAUAAUUGAGGAGAUAUCGAGCGAGGCCGGGCAAGACGCUAUAGAAUUACUCCAGAUCUUUAGCUACCUCCACCACGAUGGGAUUUCUGAAGAGAUAUUCUACCGAGCAUGGAAAACUUUACGGAGCGACCCGCCUUCGGAAUGGACGCUCUCACAUCAAUCGGACAUACUACUUGACAAAUCAAGUCAGAAAUGA